AUCAGUCAUGGAUGUGAGUGCAAGCAUAGUGACAAUGGAGGCAGUAGUAUCCUGACCCGGCCACAGAACUUCCGCAUCUACAACCAGGCGACAGCUGCCUUACUCGCCCUCGAAGCCGCGCCUCUCCUCCUCAGCCCCAGCAUGGCCGCUUGGAUGGCCUCCUCGGAGCCAAAGACCGUUUCAGCAUUCGAGACGCUGGUUGCUCGUGAAUUGGGCUUCGCUCUGCUGCUGUGCUCCUUCCUCGCCUUGCUCUUCUCAGGUGAACUGCAUCGUUUGUGGGAUGAUGCCGACAACGUUCCCAGCGCUUCUGCUACUGCUGCUUCUCCCUACUCUUCUGCCACGACAAUCGCAACCCUACUCUACCACCUCGCCACCGGUAUCCUGAUGUACAUCUCCGGCACCUCUGCCCAGCUUUCCGGAAUCCUGAUCGCUGGCGCAUUGGCACACAUGGUGCUAGGUGGUGCUGGUCUUCUGGUCUUGGUCUUUGCCAACGACGGAAAGAUCAGCAAGCGUACCGGCGCCGACAAGAGGACCUCGGGCUUCAUGUUCAAGAACCAGGCACACAUUCAGAAGCAUUCG